AUGGAAGGCUCUUCAAGGGAUAUCAAGGACGAACCGGACCUUGAACCUGGCCCUGCACCACCCAAGCCAGUUGCCAGCACCGAGCCGGAACUACCAUCAAGUCCAAAAGGUGCUGCUGCUGCUCUCAGGAAGGACAAGGCACGCGUGAGGUUCAACAGCAACGCCGCUGCCAAUCCCCCACAGUCCCCAGCAAACCCUCCGGCUGCUCCGCAAGCUCCAGGUGUUGCUAAGCCUAGACCUUCACUCUUGCGCGGCAGCUCUGCCGAAGUCGUCAAGACUCUCAAUCUCAAGGAUCAUGACGAUGAGUCGGAUCCCGAGUCAAAGGAGGCCAUGGUCGCUGCGCGAGAACGUGCCCGUAUCAUGGCUGACAACAUUCACAAUGAUUCAUCUGCUAUAGACAGAGACUCACUCGAGUCCAGCACCGUUGGAACACCAGGCUACGAUAGCCCAUACGGCUCCAGCAUUCCCCUCCAGGAUCUUACCGAAGCAGGCAGCAGCAAGGAAGGUUUCCACAAGCUCCCCUCCGAAGACAAGGAGGGCACUGGCUUGAAAGAUGAGGCUUUCAAGCUUGUCCGAGCACACACCCAGCGUUUCGGACCCAGCUCCAGCACUGGCCAGAACUCGCCUGAAGACAAGGAAACAAAGGGGAAAGGAAAAGAGGAGCGCAAACUGACGGAACUCAACGAUGGUAACUUUGACGGAGUCUUUGAUGUACCUGCACCCGAACAAUAUCGCGGAAGCGUUUUGUCGCAGCUUCUGAAGCUUUACAAGCCCCCAGAGCCAUCUUUUAAGGGCACACACCACCGAGCUGCCUCUACUUCUUCCGUGAUUAGCGAUGGAACCCCCACUGUUCAAGGCACACCGUCUGGUGCUUCUACGCCGAGGCGCAAAUGGUACGACCAGAACAAGUCACAAGAUACACUCGCCAACCUUAUCGAGGCUUCAUCGCGACUCGCCAACCCCAACGACGCAGCCGGCGACAAGUCCAAGAAGAAUGGAAAGAAACCUCAGAGACCGGCCAACCGACGAACGCAUAGCGCAAACCGAUUGAGUGGACUUUGGCAACAACAAGAAGCACGCAUUACCGUCCACAUCGCCGAGACUCUGGCCCGACAGGGCUACAUCAUCAAACUAUGCCGUGCUUUGAUGAUGUUUGGAGCUCCCACCCAUAGAUUGGAGGAGUAUCUCAGCAUGACGGCCAGAGUUCUCGAGAUUGAUGGCCAGUUCCUCUACCUACCAGGAUGCAUGAUCAUCUCGUUCGACGACAAGUCCACACACACUACUGAAGUUAGAAUCGUGCGUACCGGACAAGGUAUCGAUCUAGGCAAACUCAAGGACGUCCACCUCAUCUACAAGGAAGUCAUGCACGACAUUUGUGGCGUUGAGGAAGCGACCGAGAAGCUCGAAAAUCUCAUGAAGCGCAAGGACAAAUUCCACAAGUGGCUUAGAGUCGUCAUGUUUGGACUCAUGAGUGCCACUGCAGCCCCUUUCUCUUUCGGAGCUCGUCUGAUCGAUCUUCCCCUCAUUUUCGCUUUCGGUUGUCUUAUCGGAGUGCUGCAGCUUGUUGUGGCACCCAACUCUGCUCUCUACAGCAACGUCUUUGAAGUGUCUUCCACCAUUGUUGUCAGUCUCUUGGCCCGAACCUUUGGUAGUAUCAAAAUGGGCGGCGAAGAGAUAUUCUGUUUUGGUGCGUUGGCGCAGGGCGGAAUCGUCAUGUUGCUGCCCGGUUACAUGGUUUUAUGCUCUGCUCUCGAACUACAAUCCCGUGCCAUCGUUCCCGGAUCGAUUCGAAUCGUAUACGCCGUCAUCUACUCUCUUCUUCUCGGUUUCGGUAUCACCGUCGGCUCCGUUCUUUACGGAUUGUUUGACUCUGACCCAUCCAACACGACGACCUGCCCCAACGCCAUGAACCCUUACUACGCCUUCCUCUUUGUUCCUCCCUUCGUCGUCAGUCUAUGCGUCAUCUACCAAGCAAAAUGGCGCCAGAUGCCCGUCAUGGUUAUUGUUUCCUUUGCCGGAUACAUGGUGAACUACUGGUCCGCCCAAAAGUUCAAGUCCAGCCCUCAGAUUUCCAGCACGCUUGGUGCUUUUGCUGUCGGUCUGCUCGCCAACCUCUACUCUCGACUCCGACACGGUGUCGCAGCUGCGAUUCUCAUCCCCGCGGUGUUCUGCCAAGUGCCAGGAAGUCUUGCGUCUACCGGAGGAUUGCUCAGCGGUCUGCAAGUUGCCAACUCUCUUACCAACGCGACCGGCGAGAUCCAAGGAACGUCUUCUGUGCAGCUCACACAAGGCAGCAACCCUGACAACCUGGUGUUUAGCGUCGCUGCUUCCAUGAUCCAGAUUGCCAUUGGUAUUGCUGUUGGACUCUUUAUGAGUUCACUGCUCAUCUACCCACUGGGCAAGCGUCGCAGCGCCCUCUUCAGUUUCUAA